GACGCCGACAGUCACCGCCACCAGAAACAGCAACCUGUCGAUAAUCUUGGACGACCCGGCGGAAGAUCAGCUAGAGAACGACAUCUCAGCUUCCAUAGAUUUCACCCCUUCACCAUCCUUUUCAGCCCCUAAUCAUCAAUACCUUAGCAACAACAAUCAAGAACCAUUCAGCAAUAUCUCUUCCCUGAACAACCAGCUUUCAUUAGGAGAUAUGGUGCAGGCAGCUCAUCAAUUUGGGCAGGAACGGUGGUCAACGGAGGUGGCUCCACCACCCCCCGGAGUGGUCCCGAUGCUGGGACCGCCACUUCCGACGGCUUACGAAGAGGAAUGUCUGCCUUCUGUGCCAUCUUAUAUCCGCCUCAGAUCCUCUCAACCUGCCUGCUCCAUAAUGGACCCCAUGAUGGCGCCGUAUUUGCCGUCAGGCGGCAUGGGAGGUCCAUUUUCUGCUGAAAAUUCAGGGAUUUUCACAGGAAGCGGGUUGAUGCUGGGAACUGAUCUUUCUUCACAUCAAGAACUGGAAUUUCAAGGAGAUAAUGGUGGGCUGUUUCUGCCUGAUACAAUGCAAAGGGUUUUCAACUGCUCCAGUGAACUUCAGGCACUUAGCAGUGAGAGUCAGCAUCUAGUUCAUGGAGGAGGAAGCACUACUCCUCUGGCAUCAGAGAUUUCAAGUCUUGAAGAUCCCACUUUUAAGGUGGGCAAACUCUCUGUUGAAGAAAGAAAGAGGAAGAUCCAUAGAUACAUGAAGAAAAGGAAUGAAAGGAACUUCAGCAAGAAAAUCAAGUAUGCUUGCCGCAAGACGCUUGCAGACAGCAGGCCUAGGGUCAGAGGAAGGUUUGCGAAGAAUGAUGAACUGGGAGAACUCGCCAGAACUACCGGAAGCAACCACGAAGACGACACCGAUGAAGAUGUCAGCCUGUUUUCAAAUUCGAAUAUCCCUGAUCACCAAAGAAAGGUGAAUGUGAAAGAAGAAGAGGACUUGGACUCCUCAGACAUCUUCGCACACAUAAGUGGAGUAAAUUCCUUCAAAUGCAACUACCCCAUCCAAUCAUGGAUUUGAGGAGAUCAGUACUGUUUUUCCCACUGUAGCCCUUUCAGCAAUUUUGCAUCAUCAGAUGAAUACGUUCUCAAGUAGUAGGAAGAGGGAAAAAAAUAAAAAAAAAAAUAAAAUGACACACUUGCUUUUACAACAUAUAUUUUUACAAAAAAAAGACAAAAGAGAGAUGUGUAAUAGUCAUUUUACUUGUUGCAAUAAUAGUGUAACUUUGUAUAUACUAUACAAGUGAUCAAUGACAUUGUAGAAAAAACUUUAGCACAAAUUAAACUAAACUUUGAUAGAAAGCAAUAUGAGUACGUACGUACAAUCGAAGGAGAAAUCGAAAAUGGUUAUUGUUGUAUUGUUUUUUUUUUCUUCUUAAUUUGUAUAUUAGUCGAUUAAUUUCACAUUUGAGUAAAAGGGCAUCGUCUCUUUUAAGAUA